AUGAGGCAAUUACCUAUGACACCAAAUGCGAGGCCACCGCUACCAACCCCUCCUACAUCGACGCCUAUUGACGCGUCAAAGAUGUUACCUUCACCACCGAAAGCUGAUCCCUACAUUUUACCGAAAUCGUCUACUUUGCCAUCGAUACCUGGUUCAAGUAGGCCACCUCUACCGACUAUACCAAAUGUUGGAUCCCCUCCACCUCCAAUUCCUUUGAAAUCGCCUAAACUUCCUUCUACUCCAUUAUCAAGCACGUCCUCAAAGCCAAUUUCAAAGUUAACUUCAACUUAUCCAGAAAAAUCCUUAGUCUUGGGCUUAUCGACUUGCAAUGGUUGUCAAAAGGUCGUCGUCGAAGGUCGUGUCGUCAAUGCUAUGAACGCCCAUUGGCAUCCAGAAUGUUUCAACUGUGCAUACUGUGGAGAAGCACUCGAGCACGUAGAAUACUUUGAACAUGAAGGCAAACCAUAUUGUCAUUUAGAUUAUCAUGAGCAUUUUUCACCAUACUGUUUUCAUUGUCAAACACCAAUUCUUGAGACAAAUUUCAUCACAAUUGAUGAUGAUGCAUUCACGGAAUCGAAUGGUCCAAGUCGACGACUGUACCAUCUCAAUCACUUUUUUUGCGUACAAUGCGGUGAUCCUUUCUUGGAUCCAUCAAAUGAAUUCAAAACGCUCGAUAAACCUUAUACAAUGUACAAAGGACAUCCCUACUGUGAAAGUUGCCAUAAUAGUUUACACAAACCAAAAUGCAAAUCAUGUGGAAAAUCUGUUAUUGAAGAUGCCGUUGAUGCAUUAGGCGGUCUUUUCCAUCUUCAAUGCUUCGUUUGUGAGGGUUGUCAAUUACCCUUUAAUGAUCAUGCAUUCUUCGAGCAAGUUGGAAAACCUUGGUGUGAGACAUGCUUUGACAUUUUAAUUCGUAAUCUCGUGUAAGGUUAUUCUGACUAAGAUGAUGGAUGUUUCACUUUCAUUGAUCCUUCUUGUAUUUUAUAAAACAUAGUAUACACGUACAUACCCUUAUCCUUGAAAUGAAUUUAUGUCAUAUUCAUACACAAUAUCAUUUUAUGAUUAUCAUUCUAGUAUUUACUAAAUAUUCUCCUGUUGCCUAAGAAACGACCUAGUAUGACUAUAAGACUAGCUGUAAGGCAAGUUCCACCUAUAUAAAAUUCUCCAGGUUUAUACGCAUUAGCACCUGCUGCUACGCCUCCAAGCUUUUCAAGCAGCAGACCACUAACAAAUGAUCCUAAGAAGUAACCAGGACUUGAACAGAUUUCAAAAAGAAUAAUACCAGCAUGAAUUCUGUAUGUUUCGAUUGAUUGACCAAUACAUGGUACUUGUAAACUGAAAACACCUCCACAACCAAUUCCAACGAGUGCGACUACUACUGACAAUGGUCCUAUUGACGUUGCAAAUGGCCAAACAAGUAAAGCACCAAUUCCUGAUAUAAAAUAACUUAAAAUAAGUGAAUUUAUAUUUCCGCAUCUAUCUGCUAAUGCACCGAGAGCUAAUCUACCAGCUGCUGAAGCUAAAUUAUAUCCAACGCUAAAAGAAGCACCCUGUGAAUCUGAUAAUUCAAGACUUCUAGCGUAUGUUGGAAGGAUUGUUGGAAAUGCAAAGAAUGGCCAUGAAGCAAAGAUUUGAGCAAUAAUAAUGCAAAGAAAGAGUCUAGUUUUGAAAGCAUACUUCAUAUCUUGCCAAAGUGAAGGUCGAGGGGGAUCUUCUAUUCCAACUUUAAGCAUUAAGGAAGAGGGUAUCGUAAAGACAAGUGAUAUAAUGCCAACAAUACGUAAAGACCAGGCUAAACCGAGCUCCUGAGUAAGGUGAACGGAUGCCAAACUUAGAACUGCACCACCAAUGCCACCUCCCGCUGAAUUUAUACCACAGGCGAGUGCUCUCCGCUUAUCAAACCAAGUCGCAGGUAAACCAGUUACACUGAUAAGGCAGCAAGCUAAACCUAUUCCUACGACUAAUCCUUGUGUAGCGAACAAACCAGGCAUAUUGGUCGUAGUGAAACUUGAUGCGAUCUGACCCAGGCCUAAGAGGAUUGAUCCAGUGAGAGCUACAUGCUUAUGAGAGGUGUAAUCGAUUGCCAACAUUGCUGGAACAGAUAUAAGUGCCAUUAUACCUGUAGCGAGUCCACUAACAAAGGCCAAUUUCCAAGUAGGUGCAACGCCUUGCUUUUCGAGCUCGGAUUGAUAGACGCCAAAACUGUAAACCUGACCAAGAUAAAAGAAAUUUAUAGUAGUACAGGCAGCGAGGACCAGCCAACCCUCGCCGCCAUCAGGAUAUACAGACUUGUUGUGUAAGUUAUCGAGACGUUGAUCUAGAUUGUAGAAACGACUGUCCAAAUCAUUGAUGGAUAAGCCACUGUCAUUAUGUUUAUGUAAGAUCAAGUUGUCAACUGAGCCUGCGUCUGUAUCAAUUGAAGUCCUGGAGCUGUUAGGAGAAUGAUCUAGAGAGUCUCUAGACGACAGCCUAAUCAUAUUGUCUGGCAUAUCGUAGUAAUGGUGGUACUAUUUACUUCAGUUAAUCCUCAUUUCUAUUACAUUCCAGAUGACCUUUGAAGAUUUAGUGAC